CAACAAAAUGGUGAGGUGGCUUCCCGCGGGAUGGAUCUUUGCCUUUUUGGUUUUUGGCACAUUCACAGAAGCAUCACACUUUCGUCACGGCAGUAUAAUGUGGGCUCCAGACGAUUCUAAAAGCAAUACGGUACACUUUUCAUUUCGUAUCGGUUUGAGACGAUCAAGCAGUCAGAGUCUUAAUUGUGACCAAAACAUGACAAGCAGCGGUCAACUUAUUAAUUAUGGAGGCUCGUGGAAAGCAGGAUGUGACAAUUCGUUUAAUUCAUUGUGUGGGUCUUCGUUUGCCAUUUCAAACACCAACUUCUACUGCACUGAUUAUAGUGUGUCUGAGGAUUGGACAGUGGGCGAAAAUAACUUCACUUACACUUUCAGUAACAGCGAAAAGAAGUGGAACGUGAGUUAUUCAGGUUGCUGUUGGAUUUCUUUAAGUCAUUACGCUGGUUCCACAGAUUGGAAAGUAGAAACUGAAAUAAACCUCGUUCCACGAUCAGAUAACGGAAAAAUUAACUCAUCUCCUGUAACACGAAGUCCAGCCAUUGUUCGAUUUCCAGGAGGUUGUCGUCAGUCAUUUCGAAUCCCAGUUGAAGACCCAGAUGGCGAUACAGUGAAAUGUCGCUUUGCGACUUAUUCAGAGUCCCUCAAAGUCAAUACAAGUUUUCCUUACGGUGAAAUGGAUGAGAAAUCUUGUGUUCUAACAUACAAUGGGUCGCAAGCAGCAGUUGGUGGAAUUUUUGUAGUAGCAUUAACUUUAGAAGACUUUCCAGCGGGAAAUACAAACUUCAGUAACGUCACGUCGUUAAGCGGUAUACCAUUACAGUUUCUUGUCUCGGUGAUGGGUAACCAUACUGGUCAUUGUGACGAAAAGCCUGUCUUUACAGCAUCCACCCCAAAAGAUGGUGAAUGUUCCGAUGUGCCGAUUGGCUCUGCAUAUAGAGCAGUGAUCGAAGUACAGGUUGCAGACUUCUCAAAAUCCAUUGUGGAAAUAAGCACUGCAUCUCCAAGUGGAAUGCAACUUACAUCUUUGCGCAAUCGUGGACAAAUCUACUACCGAGAUGUCACAUGGUACCCCAGUCAACAUCAAAUUGGACAGCAGUUGUUCUGUUUUAAGGCCCGCGACUCUGCUGGACUGGAAAGUGACUGGCGAUGUGUGACAAUUCUCGUUGGCACGAGCAGUACUCCGCGAGUCACUUUAGCAAGUCGCAUACCCAUAACACCCGUGAGCAGAUAUGGAUCAGGUUAUUCCAACUGGAGCGUUCAGUUUGACCGAUUGGUAGGGACAACAAAUUUGUAAACUUCGUGCUAUUUGCUAUUAUUUAAGAGUAUCGAGACACAGUUAUCAAAAGAAUUUGAGGUCAAGCUCUUUUUCCAAUUAAACCU